AUGGGGAAGAGAGCCGAAAAGUUUGUGCGGGCUAAGGCCUUUACUUCCAUUGUCACCUCUAUAGUUGGUGAUGAGCACGCUCUCGCUCUAAUUCCCCGAACCUGCGAUCCUCGGCCUCGGGGCGAAUUCACCGCUCUACUUGAGCAGCUCGCAUCUCGCCUGCCCAGUCCGACAUACUUGCCCAAGGACCUCUUCUCAGGGUUUUGCACCUGGGCCAACGAUCCAAACCGCGACCUCCCUGGCGCUCUGCGAACUGCGAUACAAGCUCGCAACCGAGCUGUUCAGUGCCGCCGAACAACGAUCCGCCUCUUCGUGCAGGCACUCAGUGGGAUCAAGCCCCUUGAUGAGCCUCUCAAGGCAUAUUGGCUGAACAAGAACGCGAACUCUGUUCGCGUGAAGGCUCUCGAGGCAUCGGAGGUCUACCCCGAGUUCGACACCUGGGUUGCGGAAUCCCUGCAGAUCCGCGUCUGCUGGACCCGCGCCAUCGAGGAGGGCAAACAGGCUGAUCGCCGCCACAAGAGGCACCCGAUUGAGCGGGAAGAAGCCGAAAGGCUAGCGUAUGAAGUUCGUGAAAACGAGAAUGUCGUUUUUCGAGACAUCGACACAGGCGAGAUCAUCAUGAUCGUGCUUCGCAACUUCUGCCGCGAUGCUCUCGUGGUGGAGGGGGUGAAUGCUACUAUGGAGUUGGCAUUGGCUAUGCGGAAGUCGGUCAGGUUGGAGGAUCCGGGGAAGAUUGUCAACUUGGGGUAUACAGCAGGUGCUCGCAACCACCCUCUUUUCGACUGGACCAAAAACCUGAAGUCGAAGAAGCACGAUCCGGAUGACUUGAAGGACAUCAACUUCGAGAUCUCCUCGGUUUUUGCCCUAUUUUGGGCUCUGCUGCGAGUCCACCUCCCGCAGGAGGUCCUUCGGGGCUUCGAGGAUUACCUCGCAGACAAUGAUAUGUGCCGGAUGGAUGCCGAUGAGAAGCGGGGCAAUGUUGAAGGCGAGUACGUGGUUCACGAGUCGAGUUUGGAGGCGUCGAGCUCGCGCCACCGGCUGGCGUUGCUGGAUCAUGAUGCAACUACGCCAGGUAUGUUUAACUGUUCCUCUGGACUACAAUUUCUGACAGCACGAUGUAGAGCCAUCCAUAAUGAGAAACAGCCCCAGAAAUGGGCUUUCUCGUGGACGACAAAGCGCGACCCCCAAAUGAAGCGCGGGGGCCAGUUCUACCUGGCGAAAUACGGUAUCAAGGUCCGCCAGGCAGCAAACACCAUGGUUGCCUGGCAGCCUGAGCAUGCCCAUGGUACGAGUCUCCUCCCGGGAGGGCUGCCACGGCGCGAACUCCGUGAAAGCUCUGAAGCUCCGAUCCUCCAAGCAGGCCUAGCCUUCGUCACAAGCACGUGCCUUGCAAGUACAUGGAAGUCGUACCUCAAGCACAAAGAUGCGGAGCGCGCAAAGGCAGAGUAUAUGCAGAGUGCAGAGGAUGAUGUUGCAGCUGCUAACGCUGAGAGGGAUAUGCUCGCGGAGCAGUUGGAGAGUCUGAAGGAGUUGAAUGACCUUCCUCCUCUUACUGGUGAUUAUCCAUGCUCAGAUGAUGUCUGCGCUGUAUGCUCGUAG